AUGUUGAAUCGUAGCAGCGUGACGCCGGACGAUAUCGUCGAGGAACAAGUAAUAAAUCCUGCUGUCUACAUCUGCGCGGCGAUCGCGUUGGGCUUCAUCGGUUUCUUCGGGUUCACGAUGAACCUGUUGGUCGCGGUGGUGAUCAUUAAGGACGCGCAGAAUCUAUGGACGCCUGUCAACGUGAUUCUUGUCAACCUAGUCGUCGGUGACUUUUUGGUGGCCGCCUUUGGGAAUCCGGUUGCCAUGGUUUCUGCGAUCCGAGGAGGAUGGUAUUGGGGCUACAAAGUGUGUCUCUGGUACGCUUGGUUUAUGUCUACUCUGGGAUUCGCCAGUAUCGGGAACUUGACGGUAAUGGCGGUGGAAAGGUGGCUGCUGGUCGCCAGACCGAUGAGAGCCCUGUCCAUAAGAACGGCCGCGAUACUUGCGUUAAUCGUCUGGAUCUACGCCCUCUGUCUAUCCGUGCCGCCUCUAUUCGGCUGGGGAAGUUACGGCCCGGAAGCUGGGAACGUGUCGUGCAGCGUAUCAUGGGAGGUCCACGAUCCAACGACGAAAAGCGACAGCUACAUCGGCUUCCUCUUCACCGUCGGUCUGAUUGUUCCCGUCAUCGUGAUCAGCACCAGUUACGUGGCGAUUCUAUUAACGUUACGGGGAGUGAGGAGACGAGCAGGUGCACGAGGAAGACGGGAGGCGAAGAUCACGAAAAUGGUAGCGUUGAUGAUAACGGCCUUCCUGGUCGCCUGGUCGCCGUACGCGGCCCUGGCGCUUGGCGCGCAGUAUUUCGACGCGAGACCAUCAGCAUCCUUGGCCUUGCUGCCAGCUCUGCUGGCCAAGUCCUCGAUAUGCUACAACCCGAUCAUCUACGCUGGCCUGAACAGCCAAUUUCCACGAUCCUUGAAGAAGAUCUUCGACAUACGAAGCUCGAGGACGAUGGUGCCAGAGAGUCAAAACACGGCGUUGACUGUUCUGAACAGGCAAGAACAGAGAAACUGA